UAUUCAAGCUAAUUGCGGAUAGCCUUCUUGUAGCAGAAAUAGUUCUGAAGAAGUUUACAUGAUCUGUCCCAAAGCAUCUCUCUUCCCCUCACCAAAUAACUCACGUAUAUCGCAAGACCAAAAGGUGCCCUAUCUUCUGAGGGUCCUCCGGGUGCACUGCGAGCUUGUCCUGUUGAAUUCAAGGUGCAACGCCUUGUAGAGCGAAGCCUUUGGGUCUUAAAGGACAUGAACGAAGUUUGUAGUAUUGCUGGAGACAUGGUGAGAUGGGCUGUGAACACAACGCAGUGGAUCCCUACCGAUGAGCAACUCAACUGCUGUUUGGCGGUACUACCUCCUUCGGAAUGGUCUUCUGUGUUGCGAUUUUCAAGUAAGGAUGAUCGGAAACGAGCGUUAAUGAGCAGAUUAUUGCAGCGCAAGCUGUUCCACGACUUGCUGAGUAUUGAUUACGAUAGUAUACGCAUUGAGCGCACACCGACAGGCAAACCUUAUCUGGUGUCAGUACCAAAUGCAAGGUUACCACACCUCAAUUUCAAUGUGAGCCACGAUGGUGAUUAUGUGGUGAUAGUGUCAGAUCCCGUGUCGCUGGUGGGUACGGAUAUCAUUUCACGCCAUAGUCACUCUGAUCUGCUUCCCGAGAAGCUAUUUGAAAAUUUUACCACUUAUUUCACCCCUUUCGAAUGGAUGAUCAUUCGAUCUGGAGGACCUGAUUCCGACAGCAUGCUUGAUCAGUUCUACAGGCAUUGGUGCAUGAAGGAAGCCUAUGUGAAGGCAGUAGGGGUUGGAUUAGGGUUUGAGCUUCACCGGGCUGAGUUUCAUUACGACAAAGAUAUGAUAUGGGGCGACCUUGCGCACGUCUACAUCGAUGGUAUUGUUGCAACAGAGUGGCAAUUCUUCUUGCACAAGCUGGAUCCUGAACACUGGGUUUGUGUCGCUACAGGUCCACCAUCUGUGCGUCCAAGCAGUGCACCUGCGGUAGCAAAUAAUGAUGGAGAGUCUUGCCAUAGAACUGUAUUUCAGAGCAGAAGUUUCACCUUUCUCAGAGUUGAGGAUGUCUUGAAAGAAUUUGGACUUCAAGCGGCUUCGUAUGAUUGUGGAGAGUAUCGCAUUGGGGCGGACAGUGAGAACGAGAGACGAGAGUCGACUGCUCCUCUAUCUAGUUCAUAAACUUUCUCUCAAAGCUGUCUUAAUUCGAUGCACCUUGGCUGCUCAAAUUCAGUACUGCUGUGCCCAAUUCCUGAAUUCCUCAACUGACUUGGUCUAAAAAUCUUUCAGUUUCAUGAUCCGAAGCAGCCAGGUGUAGUGCUUCUUGAGAAUCACGUAUGCUGCGUGUUUAACUGUGAACAGUUUGCCAUCUCUGAAUCAACAAAGCGAAGCAACAUCAUCUCUA